ACGCACGCGCAGUCAGUCUCGCGACGCGCACCGAAACGCGCACUCCUGCGCACAUCCAAAUAAAUCCUAGCAUUUACAUACAUUAACAUAUCGAAUAAUCAUUGUAAAUAUUACAAUGUGUGGUAAAUAAAUCUACUUGCACUCAAACUUUCAGUGAAGUGACGUGUUUUAGUAAAAAAAAAAAAUCUUAAUUUAGAGUUCAAUAAAAGACCAAAUUUAACAAUGAAUCAAAGCAAUGAACAGGACAAUAAACAGGAAGGGGAUGCUUCUACUCCUGAGGUUACGCCUGGCACUCCUGAGGAUACACCUUCUCCAGCCACUUCAUCCACGAAUAAGUUCAACUGGCUCAAAGCUAGAGCAGCCCAGAACAGGAGAGCAAAUCCCUUCGUGAAACCGCGCCCCUCUCUUACAAGAGAGAGCUCGACAGCCGAACUGUUUUCGAGAGAGAAUUCCAGCAGCGACUUCUUCCAGAAUUCCAGGUUGAACCUGUUUGAGACCGCUCCGAAACCUGAGGGAGAAAACAGAGGAUUUGUUAAGGGCGUAUCGUUCAUAGGAUGGCACCAGCGAACGAGACUAGAGCGGGUGCUCAUGGUGAUUACAGCUGUCUGCUUCGUCGCCAUACUACUAACGGCUACCAUGCUCAUCACCACGCGAGGACCGUCUUACCUCCCAGUGCCUCCGUGCUACCAACCAGAACCUAAAGAAUCACCAGUCUGCCUGUCCAGUUCUUGCAUCUACACCGCCAGCGAGGUCAUCAGGGCGCUGGACACCAGUAAGGAUCCUUGCAACGACUUCUACGAGUUCGCCUGUGGAGGCUGGAUCAGGAACAACCCCAUCCCUGAGGGGAAGUCCAGCUGGGGCAUCUUCAGCAAGAUUGAGCUGCAGAAUCAGCUGAUCAUACGAUAUGCUCUUGAAAAGGUCAACACAUCUGACGGAGGUGCAGAAGCUAAAGCCAGGAUCUACUACGACGCCUGCAUCGACACCAACGAGACAAUCGAAAAGUUGGCAGAGAAGCCUUUGGUGAACGUCAUCAAGAAACUGGGAGGAUGGCAUAUCCUCCCAAACACCAUGGUGAAGCAGCAUAAGUGGGAUCUACAAACGCUGCUGCAGGACGUCCAGAACACUUACAAUUUGGGCGGUCUUUUCAACUGGGCAGUAACAGAAGACGAUCGGAAUUCUUCGAAGCACGUCAUAGUUCUGGACCAAGGUGGUCUGAAUCUGCCAACCCGCGACAACUACCUCAACAAAACAGCUCACAAGAAAGUUCUCGAUGCUUACCUGGACUACAUGACCCGGAUAUGCAUUCUCCUGGGAGCUAACAAAACUGAAGCCAGGAUCCAGAUGAGCAGGGUCAUCCAGUUUGAGACAGACCUGGCCAAUAUCACCACUCCUUCUGAAGACAGAAGGGAUGAGGAGGGGCUGUAUAAUCCAUUUACGAUAAAGCAAUGGCAAAAGGAGGCUCCUUUUUUGAACUGGACCAUGUUCUUCAAUGACGCUUUUAAGCUGGUUGAUAGAAAUAUAUCUGACGAUGAAAGAAUAGUUGUCUACGCUCCUGAUUAUUUCAGGAAUCUCUCGAAAGUUAUAGAGAAAUACAACCGGACAGACCAUGACCAGAAGACGUUGACUAGUUACAUGAUGUGGCAAGUGUCGAGGUCACUCUCCACGUAUUUGUCGAAGUCUUUCCGAGAUGCGACGAAGAUAUUGAGAAAGGCUCUGUUUGGGUCAGAGGGGACGGAGGAAUCUUGGAGAUACUGCGUCACUGAUACUAACAAUGCUAUAGGUUUCGCAGUAGGAGCGAUGUUUGUCCGCGAAGUAUUCAAAGGCGAGGCGAAGACCCAAGGGGAGGGCAUGAUAAACAACAUCAAAACGGCCUUCAAGGAAAACCUGAAGAACCUGGACUGGAUGGACGUGGAGACCAGAGAAGCUGCUGAAACUAAGGCUGAUGCGAUUACUGAUAUGAUUGGGUUCCCGGACUACAUUCUCCACAAAGACGAGCUGGACAAGCAAUACGAGGGUCUGGAGGUGCACCCGAAUGAGUACUUCGAUAACAAUAUUGCGUUCAACGUGUUCAGUCUGAAGAACGACCUGAAGAAGCUGGAUCAGCCGGUUAACAAGACUAAAUGGGGUAUGACUCCAUCAACUGUCAACGCCUACUACACGCCAACCAAGAAUCAAAUCGUGUUCCCUGCUGGCAUCCUGCAGCUGCCUUUCUACGAUGGAGACAAUCCCAAGAGUGUGAACUAUGGGGCUAUGGGAGUGGUGAUGGGACAUGAGCUCACGCACGCCUUUGAUGACCAGGGACGGGAGUAUGAUAGAUUUGGAAACCUGCACCAAUGGUGGAACAACGCUACGAUUGCGCGCUUCAAGAAGCGAGCUGAAUGCAUCCAGAAACAGUACUCUGGGUACAGAAUGGACGGGCAGCAUCUGAACGGAAAACAGACUUUGGGUGAAAACAUCGCUGACAAUGGCGGACUGAAGGCGUCUUUCCACGCGUACCUGGACUACAGCAAGACAGCCGAAGUGAACCUCACUCUUCCCGGCCUUAACUACAACCAUCGGCAGCUGUUCUUUAUAUCUUUUGCUCAGGUAUGGUGUUCCGCAAUGACCAAGGAAUCAAACAAGAUGCAGAUCGAAAAGGACGACCACACUGUCGCUAAAUAUCGAGUCAUCGGGCCCAUAUCCAACCUAAAGGAGUUUUCUGAAGAGUUCCACUGCCCGAUUGGUUCCAAGAUGAAUCCAGAGAAGAAAUGCGAGGUUUGGUAAAUAGAAGAAGAUUUACGGAGUUGGUUAAUCGCUACGAGCUUUGGCUGUUGCGUGUACAUUGAAACAGUCUUCGCGAAUAGAAUCUGGCAAUCUUGCGGGGCAAUAUGGCGGGAUAAAAAUGGCGCCAAAUUGAUCUGACCAAUAAUUACUUCAAAGAUAUUAAUUGAAAUAUUUUCAGGUUAUAAGCAGACAUAAUUACUAAAUUAGGACUUAUAAGAGCAAUACAAUAAACCCAUACACACCAACCAGUUGCGAACUUUGCAUAACGCACUUGAUAGUAAUUUAUUAGUUAUAAUGACCGUUACACUGCGAUUGAUUGCCAAAUAGUGAAUUUUUAAGGCCAUGAUUUUAAACUUCAGAUUUGGAACAUUUUCGCGUCCGCGAUUUAAAUGCUUGGGGACAGAUUAGACCGAGUCAAAAGCGGGACCGUCCCCGCUCCCCGUUACAUUAUCCGGGCCAAAAGUGGGACGGUCCCCGUACACAUGUCCCUAGUCCCAACAGAACAGUCUUACUUGAUUGCCAAAUUGUUGCGGACUGUGCCUACUUAAUUGGUCAGCUUAACGAGCUAAGCAAAGAAUUUGAGAUAUUUUUCCCGUGUGGUAAAAAAAUCUUGAAACUGUCAAAUAAAAAAAAAAUGGUAACAAAAUUCAAGAAAGCAUUUAAUACUCAAACCAACGAGUCCUGAUCCUGACAAUCUAACAAACUUUUUGGUAAAUGUAAAUGUACAUAGGUGAAUAUAAUAGAGCUUAGCAAUGGAUAUAGAAAACGGGUAUAUAAUUUAUAGACUUUGAAGGUGUUAAAAGUUACGCUAGUUGUCAAUGUUGCAAAAAAAUAUUCAAAACUUUAUUCAUGUAGGUAAGUAAUAACAAUACUUGUCAAAUGUAAAGCAAGGACAAGUUUAUGAUAAUAAAUCCGUAUAUUGGAACCAUCAUGAGAAAUAGGGUUACUUUGCAAUCCAUGCAUCAUUAUCCAUUUUUUUAUAAACUAUUUAGAUCAAUUUAACAAUACAACUUUAUCGUAAUUAUUUUUGGACCCUGAUUGCAAAUUCACCCUGUAUAGCUUAGUUAAAUGGCUAUGGUGACACCUGUAAAUAAGUAGUACUUAAUAUACCUACCUAAAUAUUUAAAAAACAAAGUUAUUCAUUCAGCAGGCUCUAAACAGUGAGACGCCACAUCUUUAUAAUUUGUUAUCAGAUACUUAUUUAAAAUACUGAUUUAUGGGUGUCAUCUACGGUGGUGGUUAUGGUGAAAAGUUAAUGUUUUCUAUAAUAAAGCCUCUACACACAGCUAGCAUGGAUGAGACCAGGUCCUGGUCACCAGGAUGUCGUGAGCGUCGCGUGAUUACGAUGCAAUGUAAAGGGCGCGUGGCGUGAUUGCGACGCGAUAUCUUCGCGACAUUAUCCCCUCAAACAAAUUGUAUGGAAACGCAACGUCACGCUCAUGUCGCGCCACAGUCACGUCACGCCUCACGCUACUUGUGUGUCAGAGGCUUAAUAAAUCCUAUAAUAUUUAAUAUUGACGUAGCUAGUGCUUUUCUGUGCGAACAAAAUGUACAAUAUUUAUACUAUAAUAUGUAUAUUUAGACGUAAUAAACAAGUAAAAUAAUAAUUAUACAAAAAAAAUCUCUGUGAAUGUAACCAUUUAUGUAAUUAAUUGUCUUUUUAGUUAAUAAGCAAUGUGUGCAAUGUUUAGAUGUACUUAAUUUUAAGAAAAAGUUAAAAGAAAAUGUAUUUUGAAAAUUUUAGUGCCAUUUAUAAAGUCGGAUUCAACAAUAAAGUAGAUUUAUAUUUUAAAUAAGCAUAAUUUAUACUUUACAAAUUUUAAAAAUGCUGGUCAUUUUUGCGUGUGCUGUAUAAUUUUAAAAUUAUUGUGUUGUUGUCCUUAUAUUUAAUGUGAUUGUAUAUUAUUAGGUAUAAUAAUAAUGUAUAAUAGAUACAACGUAAUAAUAAAAUUAAAACAACAGAAACUCUACGAAUUAACGAUGGAAACACAAUUUCACACUAAUACAGGGUGUUUAAAUAAUUGGCAUCCUUUUAAUAUAAGACUUUACACAUGAUACACAGUACAUUCCCCAAAUAUUGAGAGAUUAGGUACUAUGUAUCAUGAGUAGUCUUAUUUUAAAAUGAUGCCAACGAUUUAUAUUUCACUGUAUAAACUUGGUAACUAUAGUAAAGAAAACCAUAAUAAAACUAAUGGCUCUACAAAAUUCGGAGUUUCAGUUAAUUUAAUUAGACGUUGUAUUACGUAGACCUACUUGUUGAAUGUAUUAAUUUAAGAUUUAUUAUUUUUAUUGAAUGUUUGUGGUUAUUAUACCUAUUGAUUAUACACACACGUAACAAAUAUAAUAAUAGUAAUAUAACUACCUACACGUGCUUUUAAGAUUUCAUUUAUUGUUAAAAUAAUUAACAGUUCUACUUUUAUGGAAUUUAGUUGAAAUCAUACUAAUCAAGGUAGAAUUUACGAAAGAAAGUUACCAUUUCGUAGGUAUUUAUUUAUAUUUCAUCCAAAUCCGUUUUGCUUAAUUUGAAACCUGCAAAAUUACAAUCUUUUGCUUGUUUAUUUUAGUUAUUAUCUACAAAGCUCCUUCUAUAUUUAUUAAUUUAAUAUUUAUUACUUUUAAACAAUUAAUAUAAUUAUUUUUUUAACUAUUAAUACCAUUUUAUAAAAAUUGUAAUAAAGGUUGACAAUAAAUUUUGUCCCAACCAUUACAUUACAAAGCAGCACAGAAAAUAAUUAUUAUACGACUUUAUUGUACAAUAAUUACGUAGUUUUUAUCAAAUUUUAAAUUAACUAUUGUUUAUAUUACAAAUAUAACAGUGGCUUAAGCUUAAUAUUAUAAUAAAAGCUAGUAAAUCUAAUAGCAAUGAGAUGUAAUCAAAUAUUUUAUAAAAUAAUCAUCAUCCAUAAUUUUUAGUGAGACAUCAUCAUAUCUGUGAAGAUUUGUAGUAGUGUAGUCUGAGACCAAAUAGAUGUAUUAAUCGAAUACCAAUUGAAUAUUUUUUUAAGACAAAAUGUAGUAAUAUUCUUUUAUUUUUACACAAUCCGAUUCUACAAUUAAAGGUAAAGAUGGUCACGAGCACGACAGCACAUUAAUAUGAACACUGUGCAAAGUAUAUAACAUUUUAUGCAGUUGAAAAAUGUGCUAUUUCGCUACAAAAAUGUGUAAUUAAUGUGCUGUCGACUGCAGCUCAUCCACAUUACUACAUGUCUGGCCGCGGCGUACGCGUGCGAUAUGGAGGUUUAUAAACAUUAAAAAACUGGGAUACGAUUUUUGACGCUGGCAUUUCUGCUUGAUGUUGAUGAUGCUCAAAACUCAGCUACCUCCAGGGUCAGUGUGACGUACUAAUUUUAAGACAACCUGUAUGUAGAUAAAUGUCGCACGCUACGUAAUAAUGUGGAUAAUACCUACCUUUAAUGCGUAAAAUCUGACCACAACCAU